AUGGAGGCGACUCGAUUGUUGUCCGUGUUGUUCUGCGCCAUACUUGUAUUGAAUCAAGUAACAUGUGAAGAGACGGUGGAUGAGUCUGCCGUUGUAGAAUUGACGGCAGAUACAUUCGACAGUGAAGUUAACAAGAAGGAUUAUGUGCUCGUCAUGUUUUAUGCACCUUGGUGUGGUCAUUGCAAAGCCAUGAAACCGGAUUACGCAAAGGCUGCUGCCAAGUUGAAGGAAGAAGGGGUUGAUGUAAUGAUUGCUAAAGUUGAUGCCACGCAACAUUCCCAGCUCGCGAGCUCAUAUAAUGUUACGGGCUAUCCUACGCUCAAGUUCCGCAAAAACGGAGGCUGGAUUGACUAUUCAGGUGGUAGACAAACUGACGAAAUUGUUCGCUGGGUGAAGAAGAAAAUGGCCCCGUCUGUAGUUACACUGAAAACGUUGUCAGAUGCCCAGAAAUUGAUUGAAUCCGAUGAUGUCGUUGUGAUUGCAUUUUCUCAGAACGUGAUAUCGUCGGUCGCUGACGCCCAUGAUAAAUACACUUUCGGGCAUAUAUCGUCGAAGGAGGCCUUUGAUCACUAUAAAGUCGACUCGGAUUCGCGCGUAAUUGUGUUCAAAAAGUUUGAUGACGGACGAGCUGAUCACACAGGAGAGAUCACUCCUGAGGCGUUGACGGAGUUCAUCCAAAAAGAAAGCAUCCCACUAGUCGUGGAAUUCACCCAGGAUACCGCUGGGAUGGUCUUCGGAAGUCCAAUUCGUAAGCAUGUGGUCUCCUUCGUGGCAAAAUCCGGUGAUUACGAAAGGUCGUUCAAUGUUCUCAAAGAAGUGGCUAAACAAUUUAAAGGAAAAGCGCAUUUUAUUGUUAUCGAUACGGACGUACCGGAUAACCAACGAAUUCUUGAAUUCUUCGGCAUGACGUCAGCUGAUGUUCCCGGUUAUCGUUUGAUCAACUUGGCUGAAGACAUGACCAAAUUCAAGCCGGACUCUUCCGAAUUCACAGUGGAUUCCAUUCAAGCUUUCAUUGAAGAGGUUUUAUCUGGAAAACGAAAACCAUUUUUGAUGAGUGAAGAUGUUCCGCCUCCAUCUACAGACCCUGUUCGUGUUUUGGUGGGCAAGAACUACAACGAUGUAGUCAGCGAUCUAUCGAAGGCCGUUUUUGUGAAACUAUAUGCCCCGUGGUGUGGACACUGUAAACAGCUAGCUCCAAUUUGGGAUGAACUAGGCGAAGCGUACAAGAACAAGGAAGAAAUCGUCAUCGCGAAAAUGGAUGCCACGGCAAAUGAAGCCGAGGGCCUUUCAGUACAAAGCUUUCCAACUUUGAAGUACUAUCCGAAGGGGUCUUCUGAGCCAAUAGAUUACACCGGUGAAAGAACGUUGGAAGCCCUCAAACGAUUCGUCGAUUCGGAAGGUAAAGACACCUCUAAAAAGGACGAGGGUGCAGAAGAUGCUGCCGAUACGCACGAGGAAUUGUGA